CCCCCUGGCCAAGUACCCGCUGCGGCUGGUGGACAAAGAGGAAAUCAGCCAUGAUACUAAGAAAUUCCGGUUUGGGCUCCCUUCACCAGAUCAUGUAUUAGGAUUACCUGUAGGCCAACACAUUUACCUUUCUGCAAAAAUUGAUGGUAAUCUGGUGAUUCGAGCCUAUACCCCAGUAUCCAGUGAUGAGACCAAAGGUUAUGUUGAUUUAAUUAUAAAGGUCUACCACAAAAAUGUGAAUCCCAAGUUUCCAGAAGGUGGGAAGAUGUCCCAGUACCUAGAUGGCAUGAAGAUUGGCGAUAUUAUUGAUUUCAGAGGGCCAAAUGGGCUCCUUGUCUACAAGGGGGCAGGUACCUUUCUUAUCAAGCCUCAUAAGAAGUCUGAAGCAGAGAAGAAGUUUGCAAAGCAUCUUGGGAUGAUAGCUGGAGGAACAGGAAUAACUCCAAUGUUGCAGCUGAUUCGUCGUAUCACAAAUGAUCCGAAGGACUCCACAAAAUGUUACCUUCUUUUUGCUAAUCAGACAGAAGAAGAUAUAUUGCUGAGAGCUGAGCUAGAAGACGUUGCUAAGAGGCAUCCUGAUCAGUUCAUGCUUUGGUAUACACUGGACAGACCCCCCCAAGAUUGGAAGUACAGUUCUGGCUUCGUCACUGCAGACAUGAUUCAAAGCCACCUGCCUCCGCCCGGCAGCGAGACACUCAUCCUGCUGUGUGGGCCCCCGCCCAUGGUGCAGCUGGCGUGUCAGCCCAGCCUGGACAAACUUGGCUAUCCCAAGAGCAGUAGGUUUUCUUAUUAGCGCUGAUGUCACCUGAUACCUUGUCCCAAGUUAGCACAAGACACAGAGUAAUAAAUACAUCACCAAACCAAAUCUGAAAAGCCACUUGGACUAUCUCAGUCAUGUUACGGCUGCAUCUGUUGGAGCAGCUUAUCCUGUCUGUAGUGCUGUAGUAAGUCUGCUGGCUAAUUACCUGACGAAGUCUUUCAAAUGCCCAUAGUACAUGAUUGCUGAUUGCAUUGACAGAUUGAGGAUGUACUUGACUGGUAUGUUUAAUACCUUUUAUUAAUCAUUUUUAGUUUGCUGAUGUGUAGACUGACUUCUCAUUGCUUUGGAUUUUCUAUUGCCAUUUCAUUGUUCAGUGAUUAAAAAAAAUUGCCUUGGUUUUACCAUUUUGGACAAUAAAAUCAUGUAUUUAGCUUCUAAAAUGUGACCCUACAGUGCAGGGUCCCUCAUGGAGUGAGGACUAGAACAGGUCACCUUGAGGAACUGCCAGUGAUAGCUCUGGACAGUACCGGAGCCUCCCCUUGGCCUGGGGGGGCUGUGCCUGGGAGUGACAAGUCAGCAAGGAGAGAUAACACAAACCAUCAAUACAUAUCCUAAGUCUCUUCUUUACAAUUAAAAUAUAUUUUCUGGCAUUUCUUUAUUUACUAAGGUAUCUUGUUAAUACCUUGUUAAUACACGAGGCACAUGUAAUUGCUGCCGUGAAGGAGACACUUUCCCCCUCGAACAGCCCCUCAAGCAGGCAGCAGGAGGCCGUAUUUCCCUGUGUUACAGCACUGCAGUCCUGCCCAGCUCAGUAGAACAGCAACAGAUCUAUUUUGUCAGUUUUUUUAAAGAAAAAAGGACUUUUAGUGUGGUACUUGCUUGAUGGUCCUUAGUCACAUUUUAGACAUCACAGAGCAGUAAGGUUUGUCCCCUAUUGCUAAAUAUUCUAUUAAAAUCUAUCUGUAGCUGGAAUGAAGAGAGAACUGAAAGCCAACAGCAAGGUUGUAUACAGCAUCACCCCUUCCCAUGCAAAUGUUACACAAGUGUUUCUACUGUAAUCUCCAAUCCUCAGGACUGUUUGCAGCCCUGUGUUUUAAUUAGGUGUAACUACGGAAAGAAAACAGGUUUAUUAUCAUCAUCCCUGUCUUCCUGAGAGCCAGUACUGUGUUUCACACCAACCAGCUGUGGGGCUCAGAAAACUGAACCACUUUUGAGAAGGCUUGU